CCUUUUGUUAAAUUCUGAUGGGGUAUGAAAGUCCCCUGGUGUAUAAAAACCUCUACCUGUAAGCAAGUCUGGAGCAGGACAGGGCUAGAGACCAGGAUAGCAGCUCUGCCCUGACUUACCAGGAGAGUCUAGGGAAACCUUGUGGCCUCUCAGCUCCUCCUUGUCGUUAAAUGAUGACGCUGUUGGUUGAGGCAUCUGCUCUUGCUUUCAAGGUGGGAAACAGAGGCAUAGGCUUAGUCAUUUACCAAAUAUUUAUGAGUCAGGACCUGGAAUAAACUCAAGAUAUACCCAAGAUCCUUGCUGUUCAAGAGAUUACAAUGGAUCAAGUAGAAAACAGUAGAUUCCAGUGUAAUAUUUCUCAAACAAUAAGAAAUAACAUUCUAAAAUUUGAUCCAGCACAUGCAUGCUCGGAUGUAGAUGGAUAUUUAAAAAGCUUCAGGAUAUAAUACCGGCCCUUAAUGUGAUACUUUUUGAAAUUUUCUAUUGUUAUUUACCUACUUAAAUAAAGUGCUGGCUAAUAAAAGAAAAAAUGCUGGUUGCAGCCCCCUCAAUGGUUUUCCUGGCUCACUAAUGGGCCACAGCCUGCAGUUUGAAAACGAUUGACAUACUGGGUAAGAGCCCUGGCUCUGGAGAAGCCAGUCCCUUUGAAUCUUGCCUUUGCCACUUAUCAGCCAGGUUAUCCCUGGGUAGGUCAUGUAACCUCUCCAAGCCUUGGUUUCCUCAUCCUCAUUAGUAAUACCACCUCCCAGCAUGGUGGUGAAGUGCUUGAGUUGCUGCCUGUAAAGUGCUGUUCGCAACACCUGGCCAUUCAUUUGCCGACUGCUGCUGCUGCUCGAACAAUGGCCAGGGAACAAAGCCUGUCACAGCCAGUUGAGGGGGUGAGUGUCUCCUAGUUGAGAUCUGCAGGAUGAAUAGGACUUGUUUGACUUUGGUCAUCAGGAAAGGAAAACCCAGAAAUACUGGCAGGAGGGCUGGGAAGUAAAGCACAGAGGUGCAGAGAGAACUAGAUGAGAGCCGUACGGCGCACACAGUGUGUGUAGAGCAGUUUAUGUUUUCCAGAACCUUCUCACAACCACCCUCCUAUUAUACCUUUGCUGUCCAGUAGGGAUCCUUUGGCCACAUGUGGCUUUUUAUUGUUAAUUAGUUAAAUAAAAUUAAAAAUUCAGUUUCUCUGUAACAUUUAAGUUCUCAACAGUCACAUGUGGCUGGUGGCUACCAUUUGGAGAACACAAAUACAGAACAUUUCCAUUACUGCAGAAAGUUUUAUUGGACAGUAUGACAUCAUACCCUAACAAAAGUCUUGUGAAGGAAGUAGGUAGGGCAUAGAUUUUUCUUAGAUACUUUAUUGUUUCAUAGCAUUCCAAAAAAUUAAAACUCAUGACUUAAUUCACCUUAACAGCAACUAUUUAUAUUUCUGUAGCAUCUUUUGAUCUUUAGCCCAUGAAAUCAGCUUAUGGAUGGUUCCAAUCAUAGUGUUUAUACAAUUGCUUAUUUUUUUCAGUUAAUGUUACUUUGCAAAGACUUUCCACUGACCUGAUACACAAUGUUUAUAUUUGCCGGGUUAGUGAAGAGGGAUUAUGCCAUGAUGUAGCAUCGUUGGGUUAACUGCUUCCUGAUUGUUGGAUGCCUGGGUUGCUUCCUGUUUUUCGGUAUUAUGAAUAGUGCUGCCAUGAACUUUUUUGUACCUGAAGGCUUUUUCUUCUUUUGAAUUGUUUCCUUACUAUAAAUUCUAGGAAGUAAGUUAUUCAGUCAAAGGAUAUAAUCACUUUUAUGGCUCUUGUUAUAUUUUGUCUAAUUGCCAUUUUUUAAAAAAAGGCCUAAAUGUAUUAUAGCUAUUAUAGUUGCUUGGCUCAUAAGAACAUCCAGUCUCCAGAGGUCAAGAGAUUAUUAGCCCAAAGUGUAGCUACUUGGAGAUAGAGCAGGGGCUUUUGUCCUCUGCUUCCCAACUCUUGCCCUAUCUUUCUAUUGUACCACUCCAAAUAUUUCUUAUCACAAUGUUGCUGUUAGUAGUAACACUAGUAAAUCUGAGUAUUUAUAAGCUCAUAAAGCUUGUUACAGCCUUAAGCAAAAAGCUUGGGGCCAAGGGCAUUUUAAAAAAUGUACACUUUAUGAGGUGCAACUGCAGAGAAAUGAGGACGCGUUUUUAAGCCUUGGUAUUCACAUGGUGGUGGUGCUGGUAGAGGCUGUUACAUUUCUUCCAGUGAAGCUGUUCUUGCAGCCGCCUUGGAAUUUACUUCAGGGCCAGUUUAUGAGCCACCCCAAGUAAUCUGCUUGGAGUCUGAGCAUCAUACCUUGUAUUUGACCAAAAAUGGUAUUCCUGAGCUCAGUGCCACCUGAUUCACUGCACUUGGAACCAGAUGAUGUUGGGCUCUUUCCAGAAGUCAAAUCCUUCCUGGGAGGAUGAAGAUCUGCCAGCUCUGAGGAUUCUGGGGGGGGAAAAAAAAGAGCCUCAAGCUUUGAAGGCCAUUCCCAUGGUAGACAGAACUGAUGUGAAAAGUGGCCAUCCUGUUGCCCCAGGCACAUGACCUUCUGAAGUGACCAGCUUGAAAGGGAAGCAAUACUCGUGUCUGGCUCUAAAGAGUGGUGAGUCAGAAGAGACGUCAGGCAGCAAGCAACUUGGGCCAUGGCCUCUGACCUAGACUUCUCACCUCCGGAGGUACCCGAGCCCACUUUCCUGGAGAACCUGCUACGGUACGGACUCUUCCUGGGAGCCAUCUUCCAGCUCAUCUGUGUGCUGGCCAUCAUCGUACCCAUUCCCAAGUCCCACGAGGCGGAGGCCGAACCGUCUGAGCCCAGAAGUGCUGAGGUGACGAGGAAGCCCAAGGCUGCUGUUCCUUCUGUGAACAAGAGGCCCAAGAAAGAGACUAAGAAGAAGCGGUAGAAGAGGAGGCCCGAGGAGCCGGGUGGGCAGGGAGAGGGUCUUGGGGACAGCCCUCCUGGGAACCUACAUCCUGUUCCCCCCAUUCCAGGCUCAGGGUCUGAGGAGGCCGUGAUGCCCUCUGACCGCAGAGAUCUAGACAGUCAUGACAGUCCCCAGGCUCCAGCUGGGCAGUCCACCACUUCCUCUUCCUUCUGCUCUGUGACGGUUUAGAGUCAAGGGGACUGAAACACAUUGUGAGCAUAGACUGUAUUAGGUUUGUUCAGAAGCCGGGUCAGCUCACAGAGUCACAUUUUCUUACUUAGUCAUGUGUCUCUCCUUGAGUCGCCCCCUCCUUGUGGGUUUACACUACAUUUUGGAGUCAUUGUCUAAUGCUGACAAGCACACUCUCUCCCAUUAUUUGUGCACUACAGAUUUCCUGCUAAUCAGUCAUCUUCGUUACUGCUGUGUAGACAGAGCCAGGCCUCACCUGUUUGUUUAGGCCAAGAUGCCAUGGACAUGCAACGUUAGUGAUCCCACUAGCUGCGACAGCCAGGCCCAGAAAAUGCCUGGCGUGAGAGCCAGCAGACGGCCAGGCCAGGGUAGGCAGUGCCUGCUUCUGCUCCAUCAGGUGCAGGGGAUUUGGCUGAAGGCGUGCAUAUUUCCUGGGCACAAACUUCCUGAGUCUCUGAAAUGGGAGGCUCGUCAAUUUCAGACCAACCUUUUUGUAACCCAUCAUAGCACGUUCAAGGUGUGCCUUUUACUUCUACCUGUACAUCCCCCAUCCCUUCAAUUCUUUCAUUCCCUGACCAGUGAGAGAGUUCCUGGGGGAAGUUUGGUGAAUAAACUGACAUGCAUGCUUCAGAA